AUGGGUCCUCUACAGUAUUUCUUUCUCUGUGGACUUCUGUACACCCAAACCGACGGGUCUCGUCUUCGCCAGGAAGACUUCCCUCCCCGCAUUGUGGAGCACCCCUCUGACCUCAUUGUGUCCAAAGGGGAACCAGCCACUCUCAACUGCAAAGCAGAGGGCCGUCCAACCCCCACCGUGGAAUGGUACAAAGAUGGGGAGCGCGUUGAGACGGAUCGCGACAACCCCCGCUCCCACCGCAUGCUGCUGCCCAGCGGGUCCCUCUUCUUCCUGCGCAUCGUCCACGGACGAAGGAGCAAGCCUGACGAUGGCAGCUACGUGUGUGUGGCCCGAAACUAUCUGGGAGAGGCUGUAAGCCGGAACGCAUCUCUAGAAGUAGCAUUGUUGCGCGAUGACUUCAGACAGAAUCCACAGGAUGUGGUGGUGGCAGUUGGGGAGAGUGCCAGUCUUGAGUGUCAGCCUCCACGUGGGCAUCCUGAACCCACCACCUUCUGGAGGAAAGCAGAAGCUCGUCUUGACCUCAAAGAUGACAGGAUCACGGUUCGUGGAGGAAAGCUGACCAUCUCAAAUACCAAGAAGACUGAUGCGGGGACAUAUGUGUGUGUGGCGGCCAACAUGGUUGGGGAGAGAGAAAGUGAAAAAGCUCAGCUCUCAGUAUUUGAAAGACCAGUGUUUGUGCAACGGCCUGUGAACCAGGUGGUCUUAGUUGACGAGAGUGUGGAGUUCAGGUGUCAGGUCCAUGGUGACCCACAGCCUACACUGCGUUGGAAAAAGGAGGACGUGGAUAUUACCCGUGGCAGGUAUGACAUCAGAUAUGAAAAAGAGGACUUCCUGCUGAGGAUAAAGAGAGCAUUAGUCAGUGAUCAGGGAACUUUCACUUGCCUAGCAGAGAACCGUGUGGGUAAAGUGGAGGCCUCUGCCUACCUGACUAUCAGAGCUCGCCCCGUUGAGGCACCCCAGUUUGUGGUGCGACCCCGUGACCAGAUUGUCGCACAAGGGCGAACAGCUACCUUUCCUUGUGAGACCAGGGGCAAACCUCAACCUACUGUCUUCUGGCAGCGAGAGGGUAGCCAGGAUCUUCUGUUUCCCAACCAGCCAACACAGGGAGAUAGCCGUGUUUCUGUGUCUGUGAAUGGAGAGUUGACCAUUUCAUCUGUGCAACGCUCUGAUGCAGGGUAUUACAUCUGCCAGGCUCUCACUGUAGCAGGCAGCAUCAUGGCCAAGGCCCAGCUUGAGGUAUCAGACGCCCUGAAGGACCGCCCACCACCCAUCAUCCGGCAGGGCCCAUCCAACCAGACGCAGGCAGUGGGAGGUGUGGCCCUACUUAGGUGUCAGGCGUCAGGGGACCCAGAGCCUACGGUCACCUGGCGAAAGAAUGGGGCCAGUCUGCUUGGAAAGGACCCACGGUUUUCCCUGCUGGAGCAUGGCAGUCUUCAGAUCCAAAGUACCAGGCUGUCUGACUUAGGGUUGUACACCUGUGUUGCUACCAGCUCCAGUGGAGAAACCUCCUGGAGUGCCUACUUGGAUGUCAGAGAUUCCACUGACCUCGAAGACUUCAUGUCUCACAACGCAACGGCCCUCCCAGGGCCGCCCUCCAAGCCAGAGGUCACGGAUGUUACCAAAAGCAGUAUCUCGUUGUCAUGGGAACCGGGGCCAGAGGCAGGCUCCCCAGUGUCCUCCUAUGUCAUUGAGGCCUUUGGUCAGUCAGUGAGUAACAGCUGGCAAACAGUGGCAGACCACGUGAAGACCACCGAGUUCACAGUCAAAGACCUACGACCCAAUACUGUCUACCUGUUCAUCAUCAGGGCAGUCAAUGCUCAAGGGCUCGGGGACCCCAGCCCCAUGUCUGAGCCUGUCCGGACUCAAGACAUUAGUCCCACAGCGCAGGGAGUGGACCAUCGUCGCGUGCAGAAGGAGUUGGGGGAUGUGGUGGUUAGCAUGCAUAACCCUGUGGUCCUUAGCUCCACUUCAGUGCAGGUCACCUGGACUGUGGAGAAUCCAUCCCAGUUUAUUCAAGGCUACCGUGUUUUGUUCCGGCAGACAUCAGGUCUACCCUCCCCAGGGCCAUGGCAGAUACAGGACUUGAAGGUUGCCUCAGAGAGGGACAUAACUCUCUCUGAUCUGAAGAAAGGCAUCGUCUAUGAGAUUAAAGUGCGACCAUACUUCAAUGAGUUCCAGGGUGCAGACAGUGAAUCCAUGACAGCACGCACCAUGGAAGAAGCACCCGGUGCGCCUCCGCAGCAAGUGACAGUGUUGACAGUAGGGAGCCAUAACAGCACAUCCAUCAGUGUGUCAUGGGACCCUCCUCCCUCCGACCAACAGAACGGCAUCAUCCAGGAGUACAAGAUCUGGUGUUUGGCCAACGAAACCCGCUUUCAUGUCAAUAAGUCUGUGGACGCAACCAUCCGUUCAGUGGUAGUCGGGGGGCUGCAGGCUGGAGUGCAGUACCGCGUGGAGGUGGCUGCAGGCACCAGCGCAGGGGUGGGGGUCAAGAGCAAACCCCAGCUCAUCAUUUUGGGUGCAGAACUGAGGGAUAUAAUGACGGGAUCAGAGGGCAACAAUAGCAUCUCAGACGUAGUGAAGCAGCCGGCCUUCAUCGCUGGUCUGGGAGGGGCCUGCUGGAUUGUCCUCAUGGGCUUCAGUGCCUGGCUGUACUGGAGGAGAAAAAAAAGGAAGGGACUCAGCAACUAUGCAGUCCAGUCCUUCACCUUUACUCGUGCAGUUACAUUCCAAAGAGACAGAGGCCUAAUCAGAAAUGGAAGCCGUCCGGGGCUGUUAAAAGCGGGUGACCCAGGCCUCCCCUGGUUGGCUGACUCCUGGCCCUCCACAAGCCUCCCAGCUAAUGGGGGCUUGGGGAGUCCGAAGGGCGGCAGCAACUUUGGCCGAGGAGAUGUUUUACCGUCCGCAGCGGUGGAGAAGACGGGCACCAUGCUGUCUGAUGGUGCCAUCUACAGCAGUAUUGACUUCAUGGGGAAGGCAGGCUAUAGCAGCCCAGCACGAGGCAGUCAGCCCACCCCCUAUGCCACCACUCAGAUACUCCAGUCCAACAGCUUCCACGAGCUGGCUGUGGACAGGCCAGAUCCCCGCUGGAAGGCUUCUCUCCAAGCCCAGCAGGAAAUAGCAAACCUGGGCUACUCGCUAACUGACAGACGCCCUGGCAGUGGUGCAAAGGUUGGGAAGAAAAAGAAGGUGAAGGGUGGAACAAAGGGCUCUAAAUCAAAUGGGACAUGUUGGGCUAACAUGCCCCUGCCUCCACCACCGAUGCACCCUCUCCCUGGUACCGAGGUUGAACUUGACCGUUACCCCCAGGAAAACCACGUAGGAGGGUAUGACAGCAACAGUUGGGCUCCGCCCAUGUCUGUCCAGACCUAUCGCCACCAGAAUCUGGACAAAGAGGUAGAGGAAGAGAGAGGUCCCACUCCCCCCCUUAGAGGAAGAUCAUCCUCACCGGCAGCACCCUUCAACCAGCCCUCAUCUUCCUCUCUCAGCUCCGCCCACCACGAGGAAAUGCAAUCCAUUCUGCAGGCCCACUUGGACGAGCUGACCAGAGCUUACCAAUACGAGGUGGCCAAGCAGGCAUGGCACAUGAAGAGCAGUCCAAACGUGUCCAACACCCCCAUCCCUCCGAUGGACUUCAUGUCCAGUACACUGGGCUCUGAUUUGGGAGACACUCUCCUUUCUGAAGAAGAUGAAGAGGAGGAAAGAUACGCUAUGGUGUCAAAGAAUCUGUGUGGCUUUGAAUACACUCCCGGUCACAGCGUGGAUAACCUUGAGGGCUCAGGUAAAAGCUCGCAGCAGUGUCGCUCAGACAGCUCCGGCACAGCAGACCAUGAUGCACAGGGCACACAUAGCCUUGGCCACAAGAGGGCCCCACUGACUGGCCUCAAGCCGCAGACAGACAAGGUCGGGACUCUGCCCAGACGAAGAGACACCAACACAGAUACCCACACACCGGUCAUGAAGUCCCUGCACAGUGUUGGUUCCCGCAUGCACAGCUCGUGGGCAGCUGCAGCCUCAGACCCCUCUGAGGAGUGCAUGGUGACCGUGUCGACACUGGAGCGGCAGCAUAUGGCUUCCUGGAGCGGCACAACAACAUCCAACAGGGCCACCCUGAGCAGGGGUUCCCACAAGAGACCUGGCACAGAUCCCUCCCACAACGGGCAUCCUCCCACAAACAGCACAGAGAAAAGGGAACACUGUGAGUGUCAACCCUCUUGA